AUGGAUAGAAGGUCUGCUAGAAUAAAAGCAGAGUUGCAAAGAUAUGGUUGGAGAGUUUCGAAGAAGUUUAAAUAUAGGAAGGGAAGACCCAUAAAAGUCUAUGACAAACUGGCUGGUCUGACCUAUGAAAUGGACCUGGAAACAGCACGCACAAAUUAUCCAAACAGACUAGAGAGGUUAGAAGAAGAACGUCUUAUGAACAUGCCUUUCGAUGUUAGUGAACCUCAAGUUGAAGGACACGACGGCUUUGCCAGAUUCUACUGGAAACAUGACGAACAAUUGCAUCCUUUGAGAAGGAAAAAAGGAAAAGGUGAAGACGCACAUGCUCCCAUGGAAAGAACAAGAUAUGCAUAUGAAAAGUAUCGUGAAGUUAGAAGUCAAAUUACAUCUGGUCGAACCUUUACAGUAAACUUUGACGAAGGAAAGAACAAAGAAGGCUUCAUGGGAGUACUUGCUGCCAUACAAGACGGAAAUAAGAAAGGAUACAAUCUCAGACUAACCGUAACAGAUUUAGAUGGUCACAUUUACUAUGCGCAUGGCAAUGAACAAACAGCCGCACAACUUCUUGACGCUUUCAAGACUACAAAGAGAGAACAAAUGGUUGACUCCGACUCAGACAUUUUGAAUGCGAUUGAAG